UCAUGAAGAGAUUGGGCUGAUUGCAUAACGGGCUUGUGUAGAGGCUGGAUGAUUGGCAUGGGCCAAUGGGCUCAAUUAAAUACUCUAUAGCCCACAGACAUAACAGUAACACCCGCCGUUUUCAGUUGAGAAACAGCCGCCAACGAUUAACGGUGAAGUUGCACGAGUAUCUGGGAAUGGAUUUGGCACAUUGCUGCUUAGAGGGCAAUGCUGAUGCGGUGGAGUUUUGUCCGCACGAAUCGUAUCGCCAUGUUCUGGCGGCUUCAACUUACACAUUGCAAGAGGGCGAUCAGCCGAGUCGAGCAGGAAGCAUAUCGCUUUUCAGUGUUGAUGCUGACACGGCUCGCCUGGAUUUGUGUCAGCGCAUUGAAACGGCGGGAAUCUUUGAUAUAAAGUGGAACCCAGUUGGAGAAUGCGGUGAUCCUCUUCUUGCGCAAGCUGAUGCUGAUGGUUACUUGAGAAUUCUCAGUCUUGGGUGCUCUUCAGAUGAAGCAAAAGGGUUUUCUUUGAGAGAGAUAGCUGAUGAAAAGAUCAGUUCUUCCAUGUGCCUUUUCCUGGAUUGGAACCCUUCAGCCACAUCCAUCACCGUGGGGCUUUCGGAUGGUUCUGUCUCGAUAGUUUCAGUGGGGGAGUCGCAGCUUGAGACUCAAGAAUCGUGGAAAGCGCAUGAUUUUGAGGUUUGGACAACUUCAUUUGAUACCCACCAGCCCCAGUUAGUAUACAGCGGCUCAGAUGACUGCAAAUUCAAAUGCUGGGAUUUGCGAGAUGGUCCGUCGAAGUUGGCAUUUCAGAAUUCCAAGGUCCAUACAAUGGGAGUUACUUGCAUAGCCAAAAACCCCAACGACCCCAAUACUGUACUUACUGGUAGCUAUGAUGAGUACCUAAGGGUAUGGGAUGUAAGAUCAAUAUCAAAACCAGUUAAUGAAACGUCUACUUGUUUAGGAGGAGGAGUCUGGAGAAUCAAGUACCAUCCGUUUGUAAGCGGUCUAGUCUUGGCAGCUUGUAUGCACAAUGGCUUUUCUAUUGUCAAGAUUAAUGGGGAUAAAACUCAAGUCAUUGAAACAUACACUAAGCAUGAGUCACUUGCAUAUGGAGCUGAUUGGCAUAGAGAGGUAUCAUUCCGUGAAGGCAAAGAAAAUAGCACUUUAGUCGCAACGUGCUCGUUUUAUGACCGCCUUCUCCGGAUAUGGAUGCCCAAAAGUGAUUUGAAGUUGCACCAGGACAUUGUGCUUUGAUCACAUCUUCCUAGUUAAAUUGGGAACGAUGGUGUCCCUUUUGGGGAUUCGGCUUUGGCACCUGGUUAGGUAUGCAUUACUCCUCGAAACUUCAAGUUAUGGUUAUGUCAAGGUUAAACAAAUCAUCAUGCUUACUACUUUCUAAACUAAAGCUCAGAGAGCAACACAACCCAUUGGAACAUGGGCUUAUGCAUUAAUCAUGGUACCUAUGCUUGUCUUUUUUCUAUUAAUUGCUUCAAGUAAUUCAAGUUCUGGCUAUGUAUUAAACAAGUAACCCAUGAAACAGGGGUCCUGGUUUUACUGCCUUUGAGGUCUGUAAACAAAUACAAAGUUGGUCUUGGGUCAUGGAUUUGGAUUUGACCUUACUUCUCAAUAAAAUUCCUAAUGAUCCUAAAGCUG